GGCGUUUUAUGGCUACGAAGGUUAGAUUAUAGUUUGGAAUGAGAAGCGUUGUUUUACUCUUAUCAGAUCAAUCAUACAUGUACCAUAGGCUAUUUUUGUUACAAAUUUGUUACUUUAUAAAGCGUAAAUGAACUUGGGGUCAGGAUAUAUAAAGAACAGAGUGUUAUAAAAGUUGAUCAUGGCAGCUUUGCCUCAAGGUAAGCGGCCGUAUUUUACUUGUUUCUUUGGCGCUAUUUCCAUAUACAGAUUAUUAUUACGUCUUGUAUGCGUGAGUCACAGCUCGUUUCCGCACUUCACACUGACUCUCGCGUUUCAAAAACGUCCUAAAAUUUAGAAAUGCUUUUGCUUCGAGAGUUCGGUAUAAUAAGCGCAUUCAAAUUCUGAUUCCAUACAGUUUAAAGUUUGCCCAAUCGGUUGUAAAAACACUAUACUUCAUUGAACAAGAGGAUUUCUACUCAGGAAUUCGAAGUGAUUGUAUUAAACACAAUAAGGUAAGGGACGCAACUGUGACUUGUUUUUAGGGAUCAAACUAUUGGAGUAUUGCAAAUUUGACAGUAUUUUCAACACGGGUAAAGUUGAGAGAUAAUACUGGUUAUUUAUAGCAAUUGACUGAUUACUGGUUAUGGGCUUAUGGCAUGGCAUAUUAAAUGAAACUAUAUUGUAUUGUUUCAUACACUAUAAUUUGUUUUAAUUUUAGACUAGCCUAUAGGCGCUUAGGGUUCAAACAGUUCAAUAGGACUUUUAAUUAAUAUGUUCAUGUUAUGUAGUAUUGUAUUAUAAAUGAACAAUAGGGGGGUUUAUAGAAUAAGGAUAUAGAAUAUUCAAAAACUUUUAAUACUGUAUUUAGUGACAUCAUAUUAAAAGACCAUCAGCAGUAAGUUCAUGAUAAUUUUUGGAAACAACUCACUGUGCAAUGGACUGAUGUAAUUAAAACAGAAAUACAGUACAGGACUGCAAAUUACUGUCUGUCGGACAUCGGACCAUGUCUGGCUAAAUUUGGCAAAUGUCCGAGCAAAAGUUUUGAUCGGACAUUGGUCAGAUCAAAAAAAAAUACUGUCACGUUAUACAUUUUUUUGCUGUGACAAAAUCCGAUUGCAAAUUCACUCAAUUUGCAUUUUCCAAUAAAAUUUAUGUGGCAAUAUUCUAGCAUUUUACUUAACGUUGCGCCGGAAUGGCUAUAUACUUGUCUUGUGACUUAUAUAUAUCUUGUGACAUAUAUAUGUCCAACCAAAUUCAAGUUAUGACCGACCAAAAUUAAAAAUGAUCGGACAAAUGUCCUGUCAAGUCAAAUAUUUAUUUGCAGCCCUGACAGUAUAUACUGUAUUAAUAACACAAACUUAAUUUAAUCAAUAAAAGCCCAGCACAUUUCCCUUUCCCAAAGAGAGCAAAAUAAAAAAAAAACUAGUGACCAUUGCAGGUUUAUGGGCAGCCUGGUUAAUACACUAAAUGCCUAAAACUUUCCCCUUGAUGAAUAAAAUUGUUGGGUGUUCGUAGGAGCUGUUUCCUUUGGAACUGAGCUAGCCUGAUAAGGAAGACACCUGGCAAGCGAGAUGAAUUUUGACUUGUGCUUUAUAUGAAAAUAUUUCAUCCUGCUUGCCUUUGCAAUUGACAGUUAAUAAGCCAAGUGUGGUUAGUGAGUUUUUUAUGUGAAAACUUUCAUCUCUGCAAGUAACUGAAAUUUCACUUGUUUGAAGUGAGAACUCAGCUGCUGCCAGGCAUGUUUUCCAUAUAAAAGCAAAUAAAUUUGUACUAUAUUAUAAUCUUGCUAUCCAGCCUGACUGUAACAAACCUUACAGGCCCGGUCACACUACACAACGAUAACAAUAUGAUACAGUAACUUGCAUACAUGUAUGCGUGCUGAUUGAUAAAAAAAUUAUUGUUAUAUCGUCCGACUGAAAUUUAUAGGCAGAAUAAGAUAGGCCUGUGUGUGCAAGGAGUACAAAAUCAAAACAAAUCAAACAAUUACAAUUUACAACACAAUCAAACUAUAUGUUUGUGAUGUUGUCUUCUCUACCUGGCAAGCUAGAACUAGCAAACCAAAGGUUGCAGGUUCAACUGCGGUCAAGCAAACAUUUCAGCUUGCAUGGUGUGGACACACUCAGAGACAACAUCACAAACAUAUAUCUUCACCUGAGUGCAUAACACCAGAAACACCAAAAAUUCACAAUCAAACUAUAAAACCCAAUGUCAGUUUGUCCAAUCCAGGGUUUUGUUAAUUAAAUGCUGAUAUCAAGAUUGGUGACAGACACUUCCUGAAAUAUUGGGGAUGACAUAAGUUAAAAUUCAGAUGUCUGACAUACUGUAUGUUGCUGAGAUUUUCAAGCCCCAUUUGCCCCAGAUUAAUGCUAAUUUACCUAUUCAAAAGAAUAUAGAGGUAUCCAUGGUUGAAAAAUUGUAAAGAAUGUGAUGUACAGUAUAUGUAAUGUUGUGUUAGAAUGUAUUACCUUCCAAUGCCUUUUCUUUUGUCCACCAAUUGAAAAACAAGAAUGCAAAUUAAAAUUGCUGUAUUGAUUAUGUACAAUUAUUCCAAACAAAUGUUGCUACAGUAGCAUAAAGCAUGGAGGCAGUGGCAAUGAAAUCUAGAUGGGUUUCUGUGUACGACACAACCACAGGCCGGAAAAUUGUAUUCUUCACUACCUUCAUGUGUACAUACAUGAAUUACACCAAACAUUCAUGAAUACAUGAAUUACAUUUUUUUACUUCAAUCUUUAUUUACUGUAAAAGACUAUGCCGUGAUGGGGGCUAAUAACACAGGUUAUGCUACUAUCAUGAACUAUAGUUUGACUUUGCCUCUGUGAAUAUCCUUCCCUUUCUAGCAUUUCCAUCUCUUCUGCCUAUAUAUGCUCCCUCUUACUGACCUUGCAGCACUACUACAGUAGGUUAGAUAUUAAAACAUCUAUUUUCCUGUUGAAGUUGGGAAGAUUGCCCCAAGAGAUAAAGUCGAUAAAAGGUGCUAAGAACGAGGUUAUAAAUACGCAUUAUUUUCGAAUAUCUGUCAACAUCCAAGUUGUAAAAUAAUACGCAAUAUGAUAGGUGUAUGGUAUAUAUAUAGCAUAUAAUGAUAUGUGUAGCUAUGAAAAAGGUAUGGUGUAAUUUCAAAUUAGUUUCAUUACAUUGCAAUUUUUGUUCCGUCUAUAGGGCACUCCUUAGCUCCGUUUGCGAUGCAAAAUAAUGCUGAAUCAAAUAUUUAUCCAACAAUGGUGAAACAAGAGAGACAUGGUCAUGAGGCUUUUAUUGGCGAGAAUUUCCCUGAAGGUAGGAAAGUAAACAUUAAAAAUUAUUAUAUUACACCUGUACUCUGUAGUGGGAAAAGCUUACCUACGGAUUUAAUAGAGCCAAAAAUAAAGGCCGGACAUCGUACAUUUCCCGACCAAAUUACGGUUUUCGACCAAAUGCUGAAUUUGUCAGACGUUUUAUCCAGACUAAUAAUAUACAUGAAAAAAAUUCUCAAUUCUGAUUGGCUAAGAGCAGUGCAAUUUUUUUGAAAUUCAGUGCCAAAAAAUGAAAUACAGUACAGAAAAAAGAAAUACUGUACAGUGCAAAUUUCUAAAUAUUCUUAAUUUCUAAAUGUGACUUGCGCACGUGACUGCAUAUUUUUUUCAUGUAUAUUAUUAAUAAUGGUCGUGGUCCGUGGAACAAAAAUAGAAGUGCGUUUUAUCAGUUCAAACGCACCGUAAUGUUCUUUGCUGGAUGUUUCCACCCAGUUUUUGUUAACCGUUCUUUUUAAAAAGUUCUCUUGCUCUGUUUUGUAUAGGUAAUAGUAUGGUUUCUUGUGCAAUUUGAAAAAAACAUACACUCGUGAAUUUUUCCAAAACGUCAAAUUGCACUUGUCCUUCGGACUCGUGCAAUUUUGAUAGUCUCUUUGAAAAACUCACUCGUGCAUGUUUUUUCCAAAAUGCAAUCGAAACCAUACUAUUACCUAUACAAAACAGAGCAAUUAAGAGAAUUUUUUAAAAGAAGGUUAACAAAAAAGUGGGUGUAAGCAUCCAGCAAAGAACAUUAUUCAUUAAACAGUGUUUUCAACUGAUAAAAACACUUCCAUUUUUGUUCCACGACCAUGUAUUAAAUUUAGUCGUUUAGUUAUACGAAUAUUAAAGUACCGUUUUGCUUUUUAGAUCCUAGACAAUGGUCAGGCCAUGAUGUUCGAAGCUGGCUGGACUGGAUGGGAUGCACAUACAAUAUAAGAAAUAUCGACGUUUUGAAGUUUCAUAUGAAUGGCAAAGCUUUGUGCCUUAUGACUUUAGAUAUGUUUUUAUACCGAGUACCUAUGGGUGGUAAUUUAUUGUAUCACGAUUUCCAAAGUCGUUUACAGAGAACAGUUCACGGAGAUAGGUAGCUAAUAUUUGUAGAAUAAUAAUAUAGUAUAUUUUCUUAUUUUAUUUGCAAAUAUGUUUUAGAUGACUUUAUAUUUUACUUGCAUGUUUAUAAAGAUUUAAACGUUCUUAAAGCACUACAUCUGAAAUUGUUGUACAAAGACAAGAAUAUUGUGUUCAUUAUUCAACAAUCAUAUUAUGUAAGUAAACACUCAUCACAAUAUUUAUAUGUAAACUAUGAAUAUUUGAAAAUUAGGUAAAUUAAUUCUACGUUAUUUGUAUAUUAAAUCGAAAUAUUUGCUGUACGCAGUGCUUUGAGUAUUGGAGAGCAAUUAAUUGGUGCCGAGCGCAGCGAGGCUACACAGCAUUCCUGGCACAAGGCACUGCUUGAAUUUCUCAGAGUUCACCCGUUCCCAAUCUUUUGCGCGAUUUAUGUAUUCUUGCGAAUCUCGGCAUACGCUAUACCCAGUUGGUUUGGAUGACUUGCGCU